AUGGAAGCUGUUCAGCAACUUAUUGCACGCAUUAGACAAAUUUGUGAUAGAAAUGCAGUCGAUAUUGAAUUAGAACUCACAAACUAUGACCGUAAGCACAACGGUAUCAUCUCCCCAGUCUCUCUUCAUAGAUGGAUUUCAUCAAUUGGUUUGAACUUCACACCACAGCAAGUCCAAACCCUUGCAGAUGCUUUCAAGAAGGGAGAAGGUGUUGAUUGGAAGUCUCUUCAGCAAUCAAUUGAACUCUCAAAGAGCUAUAACAAUCAGCCUUCUUCAAGAACACCAAACUGCACAGAAGAACUCCGCCGCUUCGGUGGUGAGCUUGCCGUCCGCAGACAAACGAUCCGUGAACUUUUGAAGCCUUUCGAUCAAGCAAACAGAGGCAAAGUUAAUCCUAAUGACUUCUACAGAGCAUUUGGCUGCUCCCCGCUUACUAAAACUCUUGUUAAGGUUUAUGCCGAUACAGUUACAGGCUACAUCGAUUAUUUCAGACUUCAAAAUGAUGUCCAGACUGUUUCAAACAAACCAGUUAACCCAGAUGCUCCUAUCGAUGAACUCCCAGAUUGCUUCGUUGCAGUAUGGAGAUACAUCAAGUCUCGUUCUGUCGAUUUGUAUGGAACAUUCAACCGCUUAGAUUCAUCGAACAGUGGCAAGAUCCCAAUGGAUACUUUCAUUUCCGCAGUUUCAUCAACAGGUGUUUCCCUUUCUCCAGUCGAUCUUCGUGACAUUGCUUAUCCAUUCUUCCAAGAAGACACAGGAUACUGCAAUUACAAGCAGUUCAUUGCAACAAUCGAAGCCUACAAGCCAAGAGUUGCUGAUGAUUCCGCCGAACAGGAGAAAGUUGAAUCCAAACCAAGAAUUUCAGUUGACAAGCUUCUUGAUGAUAUCCGUGCUAUCAUCAUUAGCCGUAGAAUUCAUGUUAGCGACUACUUCGAUCCACUUGCAAGACAUGGAAACCCAGAUUCCUGCCCAAUCCGCGUUUUCGGACAAAUUGUUGCCUCAAUGCAACUUUCUCUCUCUAACGAUGAGAUUUUCGCUAUCGCAGAGAACUACAGACUUCAAAAUGGCGAAAUUGACUACCACAGAUUCGUUUCUGACAUCAAACCACAGCAGACAAUGCGCUCAUCCACAACAAUCAAGGAUGUUAUUGGAAAUCUCAAGCAGUUCCUUGAAACAAACCCAACAACACUUACACAAUCCGCAUCUCGCUUCGACCGCGCAAAUACAGGCGAAAUGACAGUCGAACAAUUACAGUCUGCACUCGGAAUGAUCGGUUUCGAGGCAAAUCGCGAAGAUUUGAACCUCAUUUGCCAACAAUAUCCAGGCAAGAAGUUCGCAACUGUCUCCUGGCGCGAUCUCUGCAAGUCCGUUGAUCCAGAAGAUGCCGAACUCCGCCUUUCCGCUCGCAAACCAAUCGAAGAAGGCGCAGUUUCCGCAAGAGAUCCAUCAAUGGCCGCAAAACCGCCAAAAGCACUCAAUCUUCUUCUUCUCAACAUCCAGAAGAGCGCCAACGUUUACUCCCUUCAGUCACAGUUCGAGCGCAAUGACAAGCGCCGUAGAGGAUGUGUUCCAAACCAAGUUUUCCUCGAUGUCUUACUUGACAUGCAGUUGAACCAAUCCGAAAUCCGCGGAUUGAUGUCUUUCUUCAGAGUCACAGGCUCUCCAGAAGUCAACUACAGAGAGUUCAUUUCCGCAAUCAACCACGCAACACCAGAGGAAGAACCAGAGCCAGAGAAAUCAUACCAACAAGAGAAACCACUUCCAGAUUUCGCUCCAAUUGUCCACAACUUCCUCCGCAGAUUCAAGAACUUCUCAAGGAUGAGAAGACUCUCUGUCACAGACAUAUUCGAGCCAUACGAUCCACAGCACACAGGAUUCAUCCAGGUCUUCAAAGUCGCUGCUGCUUUCAACAACGUCCAGUUCACAGCGAUGAGAGCUGAGAUGGAAGACUUGUGCUCUGCAUUCAGAGACUCAAGAAAGAAGGAAAUCUUCAACUACAGGUUAUUUGAAAGAGCUGUAGAAGCAGAAGAUAUCGACUCCGAAGCUGCAAAGGCUGGAUUAUCUGGAGAACCAAUCAGCGCAGAAGUAAACAGAGAUGCAAUGGCAACAUGCUUGCAGAUCAGAGACAGAUUGGCUUGCAAGAGAAGAAGAAUUGCUGUUGCUUUCGUUGGAAUCGAAGGAGAAACUAUUCCAUCUAAGGAAUUCCAGAAGAGACUUGAGGACGUAGGAAUUGUACUCCGCGCCGGCCAACUCAACGCUUUGUUCAGAAAGUACAGAGUUGGAAUCACAGACGAAAUCAGAUGGAAAGACUUCUGCAAAGAUGUUGAGAACAGCAGAACAAUUGGUGAGUAA